UUUCGUCUUUCCCUUCUGAUAGAAAUUGAACGAGUAAGACAAGUCUAAAACCCUAUUUCUCUUGCGAUACGCUUCAACAGAAGUAAAACGUACCGUUUCGUCUUGUGUGGUAAGAGGAAGAUGACGUUCCACUCUGUGGUGAUUCAGAAGCUAUUGAGCACAAAUGCUCACAUUGGCCGCCGCGUGGCGGCGGCGCACCACUUUAAGGUUUUCAGCUACGGCGUUCGAAACGAUCAGAGCAUCAUCGACAGCGACAAGACUCUUAUCUGCCUGCGCAGUGCCGUCCAAUUCAUUUCUCACAUGGUCCGCAACAACGCGCGGUUCAUGUUCGUCAAUACGAAUCCACUAUUCGACGAAAUUGUGGAGCUGAUGACCAAGAAGAUCGGCCUCUACAGUCCCCGAGACUCUCAAAUCUGGAGAUUGGGUGGGUUCUUGACAAACCGUUCCAGUCCCAAGAAGUUCCGGUCGAGGAACAAGAAGGUGUGCUUCGGGCCGGUCCAGCCACCAGAUUGUGUUGUUGUAUUGGAUUCGGAGCGGAAGAGCUCGAUCGUGCUCGAGGCAGACCGUCUGCAGAUCCCGAUUGUUGCGCUGGUGGACCCCGCUGUGCCAUGGGACUACUACAAGCGGAUUGCUUAUCCGGUCCCGGCUAAUGAGUCGGUGCAGUUUGUGUAUUUGUUCUGCAAUGUGAUUACCAAAACUUUCUUACUUGAGCAAAAGAGGGCCGGAUUGUUGAAAGGUGAUGGUGGAAGCAAGGAGGCAAAGGCUGUCAAAGGAAAAAAUGGGGAAGAGAAAUUAUUGUCGUAAAACCUGAGGAAAAUCAGAAAUUCGUGAUGGAGAAGUUAAAAAAAUAAGGAGAUCAAUCACUUGCAGUGGAGGGAUUCAUUUCUACCCUUUGCUUGAUACUGGGAAAGAAAUUCGAUGAGUUCAAAUUUUAUAGCAGUAGAUAGUAUUCACUUUCACUGAUCAAACUUCCGGUUUCUUUGAUAUUCGACUGCCCUGUAAUUGCCAUACUGCAAACAUUCUUUAUUCCGUGUAUGUUUUUGAUAUCUUAUUCAGAAGGCAAAUGGCCUGCCGCGGCUCAAAGGUUUGAUGCUUUUCUCUUCAUGCCGCAGAUUUGCAAAUUCGAUUAAUUAGUCUUUCCUUUUCAAUGA